AUGACGCUGUCAGAACGACAAAUAUUGGCCAUCUCGGCCACAGAGCGAGUUUGCUCGACUAUCUCGUUGGUUGGCACUUUUGUUAUAGUCGCUACUUUUAUUUGGUCCCCCACAUUCCGUAAACCCAUCAACCGCUUGGUGUUCUAUGCAUCGUGGGGUAACAUCAUGGCUAAUAUAGCCACCAUCAUAUCGGCAGACGGGAUUCAUUCUGGGGCGGAUAGUUCACUAUGCCAGUUCCAGGGAUUCUUGAUUCAAUGGUUCAUGCCCGCCGAUGCACUAUGGACAUUCGCAAUGGCAUGCAAUGUCUACCUAACAUUCUUCCACAAAUACAACUCAGAGCAACUACGCCAGCUGGAAUGGAAAUAUGUGCUCUGCUGCUACGGUGUUCCAUUUGUCCCAGCUUUCGCGUACUUCUUCAUCCAAACUCAGGCCCGAGGCCGGUUAUAUGGCUCCGCCAUACUCUGGUGCUGGAUCUCUACACAAUGGGGCUUCCUCCGCAUCGCCACAUUCUACGGACCAGUCUGGCUCAUUAUCUCAUUGACCUUCGCUAUCUACCUACGAGCAGGAACGGUGAUUUAUCAGAAACGUCGUCAGCUUCGGAACCUCGGCGGCAUAGACUCAGAUCUUGCUCCAGAAUCCCCCUUUGCGAUGUUGACCGGUAUCCAAGUUACUAGGGAGAUUGCUUGCUCGACGCCAGAGCGCCGGUCCCUAUCGGAGGGCAACGCGCGCGGGUUGCCGUGUGCUGCGUUCAGAGCAUACUCGGUCACGAUCGAGGGCGGGAGUACGGCCAGCACAACUCAAGGUCCCAGCUCAAAAAUCGGUCCAAGUCCUCUUCAGCGGGAGAAUUCUGGCAAGAUCACGCGGCCAGAUGGGCUGGAUUCGCAACGGAGGUCGACGUCCACGGACGCUAGUUCGGCGACUUGGGCGUAUACAAAAUACGCUAUGCUGUUUUUCAUUGCAUUGCUUGUUACAUGGGUAGGUCUGGUCGAAGCCCAUCAUAGUCUGAAAACCAGUGUCGGCUCUUUUCGUGUGUUGAUUGUUCGACGCAGGUCCCCUCGACGAUAA